AUGGAUUUUGCGAUUCCUGUAAUAAAGAAAUACCCAAUAGAAAAUAUCUUAAAUGAUGCAACUGGAAUGUUAAAGAAGGUAUUAUAAAAUUAACAUAAAAAGAAUGGAAAUAGAAAAGUCAUUUUAUUGUUAGAUAAACAUUUUAUGAGUUAUUCUUAGAAUGAUGUCGCAUCAAUAAAUAUUUAGAUUUGUAGAAGACUUUUAAAGGCAGCAUAAAAUUUAUUAACUUAAUACAUAUAUGGAGAUAAUCUCUCAAAAGUGGAUUUAUUACUUGAUAGAUGCAAUUUAUAUAUUGCUGUUUUCUAUAUUAAUAUUUAAAAAAAGUUAAAAAAUGAGAAAGGAAUAGAGUAAUAUGAAGAAUUGAACUCAGCAUAGAUUGAAUAGAAAAUUGGUCUUAGUAGAUUAAGAUAAAGAAUUCGUUAAACUAUUUGUGUUACUGGUAAUUUAAUAAAGGCUACCCAUAUAAAUAAAUUAAAAGAAAAAGAUAAAAGUAUUUAAGAAUAAUUAAAAUAAUAGUAAAAUUUUAUAUAAAUGAAUGUUGGGUAUUUUUAUUAAGACAAUUAAUAAUUUAUGCUAAGAUAUUUAAGUCUACAAAUGAAGUUUCACAAAGUUUGAAAAUGUUAACAAAAAUUGAAUAAUUUUUAUCAAUUAAAGUAUUGAAUAAAAGAAAAAAUAUUGAAAUAAUGAAAGUUUAAGUUGAACAUUAUUAGAAUUCUGGUUAAUUAUAUUUUUAAUUAUGUGAAUUCAAACUUUCAUUAUAAAAUUAUGAUCUUGCUUUAAAAUUUUUAUAAGAUUUGAUAUUUGCAAUUUUAAAAAAGAAUAAUACUCCAAAUGUAAUUGAUGAUAUAGAUUUAAAACCUGUUGAAUAAUAUUUAAUGAAAAUGAUUGUUAUUCUUUAUCUCUAAUCUUUAUGUUAUGAGUAUUUAUCUGAAUAUUCAUAAAUGAAGGAAUGUAUCCAUUAAUCAAAAUGGUUAUGUAAUGAAGUAUUAAGACUUGAAGAUGAACAUCAAUUACAUAUUUUAAUUUAUAGUCGAGCUUAAGAUAUCUAAAAAUAUUUUGAAACUAUUUUAGCUGAAUGUGAAAUAAGACAUAUAAUAUUUUCAUCUUUUUGUGACAAUCAUAAAACUGAAAUGAAAGCUUUAUCUGCUUAAAUUGUAGAAGAUUAUCAACAUAUGUUAAAUGAAAAAUUUUAUUAAAAAUUUAAUUUUCAAAAACUUAAUCGAUAAUAAUAUUUCAAAAUUAAUUAGAAUAUUAUUUAAUAAUAACCAUAUUUACUUUAUUCAGUACCAAAAGGUAGCAGAACAGAAAGAGAAACUACUCAAUAAUAACUUUCAAAAUAAUAUUAAUCAUUUACAACUGAAGAUGGAGUAGUAGAAUAACAUUCAAAAAAAUUAAUUACUGUUGAAAGUGAAUCUAAUCUAUUAAAAUAACAUUCAUUAUCUUCUUUUUCAAGGAAAACAAGACAUACAGAUUUUUCAUAAUAUUGCAAAACUGAAUAAUCCGAUUAUCCAAAACUUGAUUAAGAAUUAGCAGGUGUAAUUGUUAAUUAAUUGAAAUAAGAAAAACCUUUUUUUAUGUUAGCUGAUAUACAAAAGACAUGUUAAGAUGAAAUUUAAGAAAAUUAGAGAUAAUAAUAAGAUUAUGAAUUAGGAAAAGCAAUACUUAUGUUUAAAAAGUAAUUUAGUAGUAAUGUCAUUUCAGAACCUAAAGAGAUUGAUUCAUUAAAAUAAUUAAACAAUCAGAUUAAAACUGAAUUUUAAUUAAUUUCUGGAUAUUUGGAAGCCUAAGAAAAAUUAAAAAAGAAAAGAUAGAAAUAAAAACUAUUUGAAUAAUCAUAAUAACCCAAAUAAAAAAAAACAAGUCCCUUUAGAAAGAUUUUAAUAAAACAUAGUAAUACUUUAUAAUUGAAAUAAAUUAAGAAAAAGCUUUAGCAUUUAGAAGAAGAAUCUGUUAUAAUGAAAAUGUAUUAAUAAUUAAGUGAUAAAAAAGAAGGUGAGAAAUAACAACCAAAGGAAGAUUAGAUUCUUAGAAAAAUGAUUUAAACGAACUUAAAUGUAAUAAAUAUUUUAACUAUUUUUAGGCUAUUAAAGUUAUAAUGGAUGAAAAUUAAAAAUAGUAAGAAACUGCUUAAAAAUAAUUAAGAUAAAGAAGACCUUUUUCUGUAUCAACUCCAACAUAAACUAGAAGAAAUCCAUAGUGUACUUCACUUAGAGAUAAUAUAAAAGAUUUAGCAGGAUCAACUUAAUAUUUAAGUACUAAAGGUUAAUCAGCUAAAAAUGUAACAUCUUUGGUAGAAUUGGCAAAUUUAAAAAAAAAAUUAAAUUCAAUAUAAUUAAAAAGUCCAAAUAGAUUCUCAUAAUUAUUUUUAAAAAAAGAAUGA